AUAUAACUGCUCGGCCAAAUUAAAGUCGGCCAUUAUUAUCCAAAUGAGCAUGGAAGGUUUCAGCUCUCUUUCAUUCACCCUCCUCUUCCUCCAUGCAGCCCUUGCAGCCUCCUCCUCCCCUUCCCUCAGCCCUGAAUCCAGUCUUCCGCCGCUGCCGGAAAAUGAAUGGACAGUCAGUACUGCUCUCUUCAUCUUCGGCGACUCCUUCUUCGACGUCGGGAAUAACAACCACAUCAACACCACCACCCUCGACCAGGCCAACUUCUGGCCGUAUGGCGAAACCUACUUCCGCUACCCCAGCGGUCGCUUCUCCGAUGGCCGUGUAGUGCCUGAUUUCAUUGCUGAGAAGGCAAGGCUUCCUUUCAUCCCACCAUUUUUACAGCCGGGGAUUAGUCACCAUUUUGGGAUUAACUUUGCCUCUGCUGGAGCUGGCGCUCUCGUUGAAACCUUUCAAGGUUCGGUGAUUGAUCUGAAAACACAACUGAGGUACUUCAAGAAAGUGGAGCAUCGGUUAAGGCAGAAGUUAGGGAAAAGCAAAGCAAGGAUCAAACUAUCAAAGGCAGUCUACAUGUUUGCCAUUGGGAGCAAUGAUUACAUGAGCCCUUUCUUGACCAAUUCCUCCGCCAGCUCACUCCUCGACUCCAAGUAUGUGGAAAUGGUGAUUGGCAAUUUGACCACCGUCAUCAAGGACAUAUAUGCGAAGGGAGGAAGGAAUUUCGGGUUUAUCAACUUACCUCCCCUGGGGUGUCUUCCCGGCCUCAGAAUACUCAGAGCAUCCGACGACAGCAAGUGCCACGAGGAAGUGUCAUUGCUCGCAGAGUUGCAUAACAAAGCACUGUCGAGACGUCUCGUCGCGCUGAAGAAUAAGCUCCGACGGUUCAGAUAUUCUCUCUACGACUUCAAUGCCUUCCUACGGCAAAGGAUCAACCAUCCUUCCAAAUAUGGUUUUAUCGGAGGAAAAGAUGCGUGCUGCGGGACGGGAACAUUCCGAGGAGUUUACAGCUGUGGAGGGAAGAGGAUAGUGAAGGAGUAUGAACUGUGCGAAGACCCCAGCCGGUACAUAUAUUGGGAUUCCUAUCAUUUGACUGAGAGGGCUUAUCAGCAACUGGCAGAAGAGAUGUGGGGUGGAAAAGGAAAUACUUACAAGUUGAGUCCUUACAAUUUGAAGGAUCUCUUCCGAGGGGUCUGAGGAAAUUAAUUAUGGGCCUUAAUCAAUCGAAUAAUUGAAAUUGAUGGCAUUUAUCAAUUUGAUUCUCAACCUGCUGCCAAAGGAUU